AUGUUUUAUGCCCACUUCGUUCUCAGCAAACGUGGGCCGCUGGCCAAAAUCUGGCUGGCGGCCCACUGGGACAAGAAGCUGACCAAGGCUCAUGUGUUUGAGUGCAACCUGGAGAGCAGCGUGGAGAGCAUCAUCUCACCAAAAGUGAAGAUGGCUCUACGGACGUCGGGACACCUGCUGCUGGGUGUGGUGAGGAUCUACCACAGAAAGGCAAAGUACCUGCUGGCUGACUGUAACGAGGCUUUCAUCAAGAUCAAGAUGGCGUUCAGACCAGGAGUCGUGGAUCUUCCAGAGGAGAACAGAGAGGCGGCUUACAACGCGAUCACGCUACCGGAGGAGUUUCACGACUUCGACCAGCCGCUACCAGACCUAGAUGACAUCGAUGUGGCUCAGCAGUUCAACCUGAACCAGAGCAGAGUGGAAGAAAUCACCAUGAGGGAGGAGGUGGGCAACCUCACGCUGCUGCAAGACAACGACUUCGCCGACUUUGGCAUGGACGACCGUGAGAUGAUGAGAGAGGAGAGCGCGUUUGAGGUGGACAUCAUGGGUUCGUCGGCCUCCAACCUGCUGCUGGAGGCGGAGGGCGGAGCUAAUCAGAUGGCGGACAAGUCCAAUCACCUGGAGUACAACGAGCAGUACAAGGAUGACUUCGGAGACAAUCCCCUGGAGAGCAACGAGGGCGGGAUGCUUGUUGACAAGCUGCUAAGCAACGAGGAUGGAGGUGGCAUAUUUGACGACCCUCCUGCCAUCAGUGAGGGCGUGAUGAUGCCUCAGGACAACGGGGAGGAUGAGGACGACUUUGACGCCCUGUCAGCCGGAGCCCCGGACAGUCCGGACUCGGGCCCAACAGAACCGGCGCCGGCCAUGACGGACCAGCAGGAGCAAACGGCUCUGGCUCACAAUGAGGAGGAAACCUUCGCUCUGGAGCCCAUCGACAUCACAGUGAAGGAGACCAAGGCGAAGCGAAAGAGGAAGCUGAUCGUGGACAGCGUGAAGGAGCUGGACAGCAAAACCAUCCGAGCGCAGCUUUCCGACUACUCCGACAUCGUCACAACCCUGGAUUUGGCUCCUCCCACCAAGAAGCUGAUGAUGUGGAAGGAGACCGGAGGAGUGGAGAAGCUCUUCUCCCUGCCGGCUCAGCCGCUCUGGAACGCCCGGCUGCUGAAGAUGUUCACAAGAUGUCUGACGCCGCUGGUCCCGGAUGAGCUGAGGAAGAGGAGGAAAGGCGGGGAGGCGGACAGUCUGGACGAGUUCCUGAAGGAUCUGGAGAACCCGGAGGUGCCGAGGGAGGAAGCAGCAGCGGCUCAUCAGCAGAGAGACAUCAUGGACCAGACCAUCAUGGAGGAGGCCAACGCGCUGCAGACCUCGGCGGUGGAGGGCAGCAGGACGACGCUGGACGAAGCCGCCAUGCCUCCACCGUCCUCUCAAAGAGGCCUGAAGCGCAAAUCCCAGGACUCAGAUCCGACCCUCCCUACAGGAAACCUGGACGAGCAGCAGCAGCAGCAGCAGGGACCAGACGCCGCUGCCUCUCAGCAACUGGAAGCCGCCGCGGUGAAUUUGCCCCCGGAGGACGCCGCCGCUAACAUCAGCCAGCUAAUAGAGCUGGACUUACUCGCCGACAAGGACAAGAAGAAGAACGACAACGACUCUGAAGAAGAGGAGGAGGAGGCGCAGGGAGGAGAGCAGGACCAGGAGGAGAGGAGGUGGAACAAGAGAACCCAGCAGAUGCUUCACGGCCUGCAGAGGGUGAUGGCCAAAACCGGAGCCCAGUCGGUCAGCCUGUUGGACCUGUGCAGGAACAACAACAGAAAGCAGGCGGCGGCCAAGUUCUACAGCUUCCUGGUUCUGAAGAAGCAGCAGGCGGUGGAGCUGGUCCAGGAGGAGCCGUACAGCGACAUUGUUGCGACGCCGGGACCUCGUUUCCACGUCAUCUAGAACGAGGCUGCCAGAGCAGCAACGCAGAAAGAAACACUCUGCUCCGACGGCCAUGUUUGUUUUCAUUUCACUGAAGUCUUUCUGAUUUGUUGUUUCAUUUAUGUUUAAUUUCUGCCAGCAGAAGUGGAGAAAAAUAUCCAAAGAGUUAUUUGCUUUGAAAAAAAUAUAUCUAGACCAGAAAAGUAUAUUAAAAUGAACUUAUUUUGCACUUAUCAAA